CGCGCCAGAUCCAAGCUGAGGGACGUUUUCUUCACCGUUACAGACAUUUGACGAUUUUCCUUGCUGGUUUCGUUUCCCAUUUUUGCAACCCUUCCGAUGAGCACAAAAGUAAAAACGAUUGGAAACGGCUCUCACCACUCCCUAAUGUCCUCUGCGCCAAAACCCGACAGUUUGAAGAAGAAACCCACAAAACCCUCGUCAGCAAAGAAGGCCGAGGACCAUGUGUCGCAGGUCGACUUCUCAACAAUGGAUGACCGAGUGCUUCGUCGUUACAAACGUACAUUCAAACUAAGGGCAAAAAGCUCCAAGGAGAGUCGAGAUGAGCUUGUCUCAUCCGUUACAAAGCAUUUUCUGCAACAAGAGAUCAAUGAGAAAGACACCAUUACGUUCUUCAUAUACACCCUACGCAACCAAGAAAACGUCUACAAGCUGCCACCCAAGGUUCCUGUCGUUUCAAGCUAAUGCCGAAUGCUCGGCCCAUUUUGCAUGCCCUCGUCGUCCCUACCUUAGAUUCCCUUGUCCCUGCGUUCCUUGUACAUAGUGUUCUCAGUUACCCCUACUCAAUUAAAAAAAACGCCCUAGUGCAAAACGAUA